AUGGUGACCGGAGGGAGGGGUGGACCCGCCGGAAACUGUGUCUGCAGUGCCAGCAGAAAAUGAAAGGUUUCCCAGCUGAUUAAACCCAUCUUUUAUCAGUGCUGGUGGAUAACAUCUUGCACAUAUGAGUCUGAGGGGCCGCAUCAAGUCCGCGUGGAGCCCGGCGCUGGCAUGACUCGAGCCGUGCGUGCGCUUUCUCUUUCAGUUUUAGAGCGACAGUGUGUGGAGCAUCGCACCGGCUGAGAGCGCACUGGAGAGGGAUACCGCCCGUCAAUGCUAGCGAGAAAAACACUCGCUGGCGCCACCGCAACAAUGGCACGUUACUACGGGAUUUCUUAAAGUGUUCCGUGCCGAGCCGUGUGCCCGUGGAUCUGGAUCGUUAUGGCUAAACGGAGGUGCUCUGUGAGGCGUGCAGUUGCCUGAUAUUACCGUUUCAGGCCUGCUUUUUCCAUCUGGAAAUUUCUCAUCGGGGAAAGCAGGCCAGCUAGCACCGCUAGCUCUCGCCCUUUCUGCACCGCACUUUUGGCGUCUGCAGUGCACGUUUUUCAAUGACUACACACUUUACGCCAUCGUCUAUGUAUUUGAGGACUUUAUAAAACCACACGGUAUUUUAUGGGAUUCAUAUCGGCAGAGAAGGAGCGGCCCUAAGCCAAAAUGGUGAACUGGAGGCGGCUGCUGCGAAUGUCCAACCGCUCGUUUUUGGCCUUCAUAUUCUUCUUUUCCAUGUCCACCACCUGUCUCUACUUCAUCUAUGUGGCUCCGGGAAUAGCGAACACGUACUUCUUCAUGGUGCAGGCUCAGGGCAUCAUGCUGAGGGAUAACGUGCGGACCAUAGGACAGAUGAUCAGAUUGUACACCAACAAGAACAGCACUCUCAACGGCACUGACUAUCCAGACGGCACGAACUCCAGUGAACUCCUGGUCCAGCCAACGACAUACCUCCCAGAGAACUUCACCUACUCCCAACACCUGCCCUGUCCAGAGAGAUUACCUUCUAUGAAGGGACUUAUGGACGUGAACAUGACUGAAAUCCCCAUUGAGGAGAUAGAGCUCAAGUUUUCCAAGUUUUUCGACAUAGAGUUUGGAGGUCACUGGAAACCAAAGGACUGCAGGCCUCGCUGGAAGGUGGCAAUCCUAAUUCCAUUCAGAAACCGCCAUGAACAUCUGCCAAUCCUCUUCCAACACCUCAUCCCCAUGCUGCAGAGACAGAGGCUGCAGUUUGCCUUUUACGUCAUUGAACAGAGCGGGAGCCAGCCUUUUAACCGAGCCAUGCUGUUUAACGUUGGGUUCCUGGAGGCCAUGAAGGACCUGGACUGGGACUGCCUCAUCUUCCACGACGUCGAUCACAUCCCCGAGAACGACCGCAACUACUACGGCUGCGGACACAUGCCUCGCCACUUUGCCGCCAAGCUCGACAAGUACAUGUACAUUCUUCCAUACAGCGAGUUCUUCGGCGGUGUGAGCGGCCUAACGGUGGAGCAGUUCAGGAAGAUUAAUGGUUUCCCCAAUGCAUUCUGGGGCUGGGGAGGAGAGGACGACGACUUGUGGAACAGAGUCCACUACGCCGGUCUGAAUGUGACACGCCCUGAAGGAGAGCUGGGGAAGUACAAGUCCAUCCCUCACCACCACAGAGGGGAGGUGCAGUUCCUCGGCAGGUACAAACUGCUGAGGUACUCCAAAGAGCGGCAGCACCUGGACGGCCUCAACAACCUGCUCUACAGCCCCGUGGUGACGCUCAGCAGCCUGUACAAGAACAUCAGCGUGGACCUGUCCCCAGAGCUCGCCCCCAUCCAAGACUACUGACCUCUACACGACCCCCGAUCCCGCCAUGACCUCCACAAGCCCCGCCCCCACGCGCCCCUCCAGCCAACUGGAGCGGAGAGAGAGGGCGCAACAGGACAGAUGCAACAUGUAAUGCUGCCAAGAGAUAAAAAAAAAAUUCAAAAGAGGAAAAAAAUUAGGAUAAUAAAUAAUACUGCGGCGCAGGAGAGCUUUUUUGCAGAGAACAGCGCUGUGUGUUGAGUGAGUGUGUGACACGGGCGACUGCAUGUCCUUUCUGUGCCAGCUUUCCCCCUUCUACUCGCCCCUGGUCCCUGGUUCUUUUGGAGGAGCAGCGGCAUCUGAGCUCCAGUGUCUCCUGAAGCCUUAAUGUGGCAGAACCGGCUCCGCACUGCUUCACUUCACCGUAGAAGCCAACACCAGUUUUGUCUUUUAUUUUUAUACAUAUCAGUUAUUAGAGGCCGAGAGCUCCGCCAAACAGGAUCUGAGCUAGGUCAGUAGAGAUAUUUGUGAUGUACAUUUUUUAUGAUUUUGAUAAAUGCAAUUUAUUUUCUGGUCGUGGGGGCCUUAGAGAAGUGCUCCUCUGCUGUUUGUUUUUGCUGCACUGCUGCUGAUCCGCAUGAAUAUGUAUGUAAAUAUCAACAGAACACAUAUGUAAAUAUUGGCCUUUAAAGCUCGGACAUAAUCCAGCGAUAUUCCAGUGAGUUUGACUUUUAUUUUGGCAGCUACCUUCUUUCUGAGGAUUUCAUAAGCGUGAGUGGUUUCUUCCAAACAGGAAGACGUUUGUUUGGCUUAAAAAAUAUCCAAAUCUAAAGAUUUGACUUUAACUUUUGCAUGCCUUAAUUUAUUUUGUUUACCAGAUGUUUUGUUUUCUUUGAGACAUAAAUUAUUUCCUCUGUUCAAGAUGUACAUAUAUAUAUAUAUCUAUAUAUAUUUUAUUUUAGCCUUUCUGCAUUUUCUCUUUGAGGUGCACUGUGUGAAGAGUUUAGCUGCUCCAGAGCGGGGCUGCGCAGUCGGACAUGAUCAAACUACAAUGAAUGUUGCAAUAUUCUCAUGAUCAGUAACUCCUCAAAAUCUGAAGUCUGUACAUCCAUAGUGUUGUCACGAUACUACGGAAAAGGCUCCAUAUUAAACACCAAUUUUGAUACCAGAAUGAAAAGAAAAUAGACAAUAGAAUGUAAUUUUCAGCACAAAAUAAUAGUGCUUUCUUUACAUUAUAAUGUGGUUUUAUUCUGGUGUUGAUUAAGUUUAAGAUUACUCCAAAACUGUUAAAGAAAGGACAAAUUUUGUCAUGUUUAUGGAAUUUUCAGUAUUGAUACUUGUCAAAUUGAAUAUCUAUUUUCAAUAUUGGUUUUAGUAUCAAUUAAUAUCUGAAUUUCGAUACUUUUGACAACCCUACCUCUUAUAUUAAAGUGUGAUGUACAGUUUUAGUUGCCACACAAUCGUUACAGCUUCAGAGGUGCUGAAAUCGCAGAAAUCUUGCUACCGUAGAAACCAUUUUUUGCUUAUCUGGAGCUAUCCCCACUGCGCGCCCCCCUGUGGACCGGAGGAGGCUGCUGUCGGACGUCUGUACAGGGAGCAGGGUCGGCCAUGACGCAGACCCAGUGCUGUCGUCAAAUGGUCAGGUUUAUGAGAUUUUUUUUUUUUUUUUACUCUGAAAUAGUUUGAUUUUUUUAGUAGUUGCUGGACCCUGUGAGUUGGCUGUUUUGUAUUGUAUCGUAUGGGGGCUGAAGCCGGGCUGGUGUGUGUGUUAAUGUGGUCCCUCAAAUGUUCCAAUGCUGUGUACGAGUCUGAGAGGCCAGAAUGAGAGAACUGUAGAGCGGAAAGCUAACAUAAUGCUAACGCUACUCGUGUUCUUGAAUGGCUGUCAGAUAAUGAAGGGUUGUUUACACUGGAGUGGCAUGGUCUGGUGUGAUUUGGUAUGGUUUAGUUUUUAUUGCAGAAAAAUGUUUUUGCUACAAAUCAAAAAAAAAGUAAAAAGUUGACAGAAUUCCAUAUAUUUUGUCUCUCUAUGUUGUGGUGAAAAUUUUGCACUUAGGUGAGAUUAGUACAUUGGUAUAUUAAGUAUCUUAUUAACUUGAAACCAGACAUGACUAGAAAAUAAAUAAUAGAAUAAUAGAAAUAAAUAAUUAACAAUUUAAAUAAAAAAAUAAAAAUGUAUCAAAGGUGAGAAUGCCAGAAGGCUCUAUAACCAUUGAGUCGCAUAAAUACAAAUAUACAUUUUUUUGGAGGAAAUUUUUUUUAUCGAAAUUGAAUUUGGAAAAACCUGGAAAAUUGGUUGGUUGGAAAUUUUAAUCUGUAAUGAACGAUACACCCUGCAAUUGUCAAGAUUUCAAUCAGAAUUUAUCAGAUUUGGAAAAUUGGAAAAUAUCCAAAUACAUUAGUGUCCUAAACUGAAAUACCAUGCAGUUUUUCAGUGUAACACAAUAUAUCUAAGUAAGUUUUCACAAGAUAACAGAAAUAAUUGACUAUAUAUAUUUUUUUAUGUAUCAAAGGUGGGGUGGGAACUCCAGAAGACUGUAAACCAAUGAUUUUGGUUUAAAUAAUCAAAAUAUCGCCAUACCAACUCAACUCACACCAUCCUCCUGGUGCAAACUCGACUCGGGCUGUGAAGAAUCAAAUUUCUUAAAGCUUUGAGCGCUCUAAAGGUUGUGAUAAAACUCGAAGGCAUUUUUUUUUUUUUUCAGAUGUGUUUGCUGUUAUUCUCUCUGUUUGAAGUUUGACCAUGAAUCGUUUUGUGUUGAGUACAAUCACAUUAGUGGCCAUCAACGGCACGCUCUCUGAUCUGUGACAUUUUUUAUAUUGGUUUCUCUGAUACAGACACGCAUAAGUGGGAAGUGAAAUGUGAAACUGUGGUUAGUACACCAAAGAAACCCUGUGAACAAAUUCAUUGAAAAUAAGGACCAAAAUAGACUUGCGGUUGGUGUUGAGCGGCAAUACAGAAUCAUAACUGUUUAGGUUUACGCGAACUGUUCACAACCAUCUGACCUUUCAAACGAGGUCCUUCAGUUGUGCAAUAUAGUUAUAAUAAUUGAAAAAAAGUCAAUUUGGGUUGACUAAAAGUUUGGGCACACUUUUGAUUUGACAUAGAUUCUCACUGAAGGCAUCAAAAAACUAUGAUUGGAUAGAUUUGGAAUGUAGUAAACAAAAAAAUGAACUCAAAAUAACUCAAUCAAAUAAAAAAUAGACACCCUUUGCUUUGAUCACUGCUUUGCACAUUUCUUGACCCUGCAAGACACAGCUGGGAAGUAAAAAAACAUUUCAUCAUAAAGUUCAUUGAGAGGUUAAGGGUUUGCAGAGAUGUCAACAAAGCAACAAAGCAAAGGGUGGCCACUUUGAGGAUUUAAAUGAAAAAUAUAUAUAUUUUGGUGAGUUAUUUAAACAUUUUAUUACAUAAUUCUGUAUAUCUUGCGUCAUAUUUGUUGUCUUCUGUAUGUAUAUGAAAUGCAGAAACUAUAAAAGACUAAAGCAAAAUAUAAACUGUCAAAAUUGAUGCUAAACUGCGCCCUCGGCCUUUAUGUAUAUGGGCAAAAAUGCUGUGAAAAGUUUGCUCAAAGAUUAUCUACAACCAAAAGCAAUAGUUAGAGCAAUAACGAUUAAGUGGAACAUCCCAAAAUGACUAUAAUGUUGAAAGCUGAUCUUGAAAAUUAGCUGUUUCUAUGGAAGCUGUGAAAAUCUCUUUAUCGUCUCAGUGAAGUUUUAAGUUCAGAAAAAAACGCUUCUUCAAAUCCAAACUGAUGCAACAUGACAGAGAAACAACUGAGUGAGAGGCGGGACAAUGUGGGUGGAGCUAACACAUUCGUCUCUUAUGAUUCAAAAUUAAGUACAGAGCCAUUAAAGCCAUAGUAUGUAACUUUUUUUUGCCACAAAUAGAUUGAAAGGAAAGUGUUUUUUUCAUUACGGAUGUUUUUAUAGCACUGAAAAUCUGAUAUGUCCUUACUGUGAGUGGGCUUGCAUUUCCACAAAUUUGACUCUUAUUUGGCCCGGAGGAGGGGCUUCACCUGCUUCACCUGCUGUUUCCAUGGAAAUGUUGUUCCUUUGGCUAUAAUAUUACAAAAUACAGCAUUAAAACAUAUCGAUUUUCACGUAUGUUUUUAAACUUUCUAUUUCCGUGGAAUCAUUCAGUUGACUUUCCACCUCUACAAAGUUUCAUACUAUCGCUUUAAUUUUGUUGCAAAUAAAAAAAAAAAAAACAGUCCCAUCUUUCUGACCAAUCAAAACACAUUCAAGUAUGAAUCUAUUCAGUCUAUAAAAUGUGAACAGGGCCGGUGUAAACGUUAAAACCAGCCAGUUUGAAACGGCUAAACAUUUCUUCAAUAUUUUUUCUGUAUUGUCCAACACCAACUUUCAAUGUGACGAUCUCUCUCCUUUCUCUCCUUUUCUGACCAGAACCUGCGGUGUGAAAUGGCCUGGCUGAAGUUUCUUUGUCGUUUUUUUUUUUAAGUGUCGAUGAAUAAAAUUAGGCUUCCUCUUUUGGCGACCGCUGCCCGUCUUCUGAACGAUCUCUGAGCCACAGUAUUGAGAAGUCUGCAGCGUGGUGCAAUAGAGCGACCUAUAUUUGUUUACACUGAGUAUUCAUGUUA